UUAAGAAAAAAAAAUGAAUUAAAAACGAAAUAAAAAAAAUAAAAUACAACAAAAAUAAAAAAUUAAAAAUAAAAAUAAAAAUAAAAAAUACUAAAAAACAAUAAAAAAAAUAAAGAAAAUUAAGAAACUUAAUAAAAAUUUAAAAAAUAACAGCAAAAAUAUUCCUCUCCAGGGCUUUGCUAGCAAUAUCCAGCAACAACAAGACACAUACAACAAAAAAUACAAACUCUCAACGCACAACAAAGUAUCACAGGUGCUGCUUUCACGCCUCUCACCAAACACACGAUUGCUUAAUAAAGUGAAAACUUAAAAUAAAACAACAACAAAACAGUGAAACAAACAAAAAUACAACAAAAAAGCAAAUAGUAAGUAUAAGCAAAAAUAAAACAGACUUUAAAAGCUAGCGAAUAGAUUACGCUCACGAGCGAGCCGCGCUCUCUUUCCUUAAGUCGCUCGUACAUAUUUAUUUGCGCCUCGGCGUUGCAACAACAAAAAUAGAAAGAGAAGUGCUUAGGAAUUUCUUAACUCAGCUUACUCUAAGAAUUAGACUCCCUCACCUAGCUAGAGUUAAAGCUAGGAGAGAGCAAUAGCGGCUAGCAAGAAGAGAGGAAGCAAUUAGAAACAAAGUAUAAUAAUUAGUGCUAAACAGAGAGCAAAGGAAACAAUCACUUUCACUGCUGCGCGUAAAAUCUUGAGAGUGAAAGUGGACUUCAUAAAAAAUGAGCGUAACCGCUUUCUAAAUACGACCACAGUGAAAAAGUGAGAGUGACAAGAAAAAUUUAAGACUAGCACUAACAAAGUUACAGCACUUAACACACAAAUAAAAAUAGCAAAAUAAAGGCAAGGACGAGUUCGAGAACACACUUCGCUUUUGUUUUGUGUUCGUGUGGGUGUGAAAAAAAAAACGAUUACUACUACAACAACACCUAAUUUCUUCAAACAACUUCAAACGCAAUGUCCGCCAACGAGGCUGGGGACGGCGCUGCCGAGGCGUCCGCUAGGACCAACGGCGUUGCGGCUAACGAAUCAGCACCUUCGCCGGCACCUUCACCAGCGCCGCCGGCUACGUCAUCGCCACCGCCAACAGCACCGUCGCAGCAGCAGCAGCAGCAGCAGCCAUCAACAGCUAUGGACGAUGGCAACGUAACGGCACAAAUUAGUUCUGCUGCACAGUUCGAAGGUGGCGUUUCAACAUACGGUGCGGUCAAACAGUUUAACGAAGCGAACAAUAACAACAACAGCAACACUAAUUAUACGAAAUCGAACGGCUAUCAUCACAGCCCGAAUAAUCACUAUAACAACAACAACAGCGGUAAUAAUUUUGAUAAUACUGGCAGUCCAUUAAAAAGUCAACAACAACAACGUGGUGUGGGCCGUGAGACCAGCUUUCAUCCCAUACAACAGCAUCACCUACGUCAAGCGGAGGAUAGUGAUAAUGAAGAUUACGAGCUGCAAGGCGCUACUGGUGGCUUAAGCGGUGCUCCGAUCGGUGAUUAUUGGCAACAGCGUAACGGUAUUGUCGGCGCACCGGCCAGCGGACGUCAAAGUCGCGCUCUAAGUCCCACAUACAUUGAUAAUAUGAGUGAGAAUUCGGAGCAACCGCCUGUAGUGCCACUCGUACGCUCCAAAUCCCGGCCAGAGUUAUCGUCCAAUGCGCAUUUGAAUUCCGCAAUGAGCGCCGCUAGUCGCUAUAAUAAUCUCUCGUACUGGAAGGCGCGUCGUGUGGUCUUCUAUCGCAAUGGCGAUCCCUUCUUUCCGGGCGUGGAGUUGCGUUAUCGUCCCGGUCGCGAUAUCACCUCGUUGGAUAGUUUGUUGGAUAAGAUUUCGCCAAAGAUGGAUUUGCCACGUGGCGCCCGUUAUGUGUUCUCGAUGGACGGCGAUCGUAAAUAUCAUUUGGAUGAGCUCGAAGAUGGCGCUUCGUAUGUGGUGUCGUCGUUCAAGGCGUUCAAGCCGGCUAGUUACGGUAAAAAGAACGGCAUGUGGUACGCCUCGCCCGGUAAUCAGGGCUGGGGCUCGAAACCGGCCAGUCGUAAGCCAUCGAUUAUGGAGGCAGACCUGGGCACAUUAUCGACCACAUCGGGCUCGAUCAAACGCAGCGCCGGACGUGUUAUACGCAUCAUCAAUAAUUUAGAUCACUCAGUGCAGUGUCGUGUGCUGUUGAAUUUGCGCACAUCGCAGCCAUUCGAAGAGGUCUUAGAAGAUUUGGGUCAAGUGUUGAAAAUAAAUGGCGCCAAGAAAAUGUACACGGGCACAGGACAAGAGGUACGCAGCUUUUCACAACUACGCAACGAGUUUGCCGAUGUUGACACAUUUUAUCUAGCAACUGGCACUGCCUUAAUUGCCGGUUCGCCUAUUAGGCGUUCACGUUCGCGCCCCUCCGUUGUCGCCGCAGCGCCAAUAUUACCCACAGAAGAACUGCCUAAGGUUCCUUUACGCGGUGCACGUCCACGCAGUAAAAGUCGUCCACGCAUUCUCUAUGCGCCGGAGAGUGAGAUUUUACGUGCGAACGGUGAAUACAGCAUGUUGGACAUUAUGAAAGAGGAGCCCACCAAAGUGACUAUACGUGGCUUGCGGCGUACCUUCUAUCCACCAUUACAUCAUGCGCCCGCGGAUAAUACGCCGCCCGAUAAAAAAUUGCAGCUACAGUGGGUUCACGGCUAUCGUGGUAUUGAUGCACGUCGUAAUCUCUGGGUUUUGCCAUCGGGUGAGUUAUUGUAUUACGUAGCUGCUGUGGCUGUGCUGCUGGAUCGUGAGGAAGAUGCACAGCGACACUAUACUGGACACACCGAGGACAUUAUGUGCAUGGAUGUACAUCCAUCACGUGAGCUGGUGGCUUCGGGACAGAAAGCGGGACGCGAUCGUAAAUCACAAGCGCAUGUGCGCAUUUGGAGCACCGAAUCACUGCAGACACUUUAUGUUUUCGGCAUGGGCGAGUUGGAUAGCGGCGUCACAGCGGUGGCCUUUUCACAACUGAACGGUGGCAGCUAUAUAUUGGCUGUGGAUAGCGGGCGCGAAAGCAUACUUUCGGUUUGGCAGUGGCAAUGGGGACAUCUGCUCGGCAAAGUUGCAACGCUGCAAGAAGGCCUCUCAGGCGCCGCCUUUCAUCCGCUGGACGAUAAUCUCAUUAUCACACAUGGGCGUGGGCAUCUGGCUUUUUGGCAUCGUCGCAAAGAUGGCUUUUUCGAACGCACCGAUAUUGUUAAGCAGCCAUCACGUUCUCAUGUCACCAGCGUGCAAUUCGAACCGGAUGGUGAUGUCAUCACUGCCGAUUCCGAUGGUUUCAUAACCAUUUAUUCGGUUGACUCGGAUGGCGCCUACUUUGUACGCACGGAAUUCGAGGCACACAACAAGGGUAUUGGUUGUCUGAUUAUGCUGGGCGAGGGUACGCUGCUGUCGGGCGGUGAGAAGGAUCGUAAAAUUGCCGCCUGGGACUCUUUACAAAAUUACAAAAAAAUUGCAGACACAAAACUUCCAGAGGCCGCUGGCGGCGUACGCACUAUUUAUCCACAACGUCCCGGACGCAAUGAUGGCAAUAUUUAUGUGGGCACCACACGUAAUAACAUUUUAGAGGGUUCACUACAGCGUCGCUUUACACAAGUCGUUUUCGGCCAUGGUCGCCAAUUGUGGGGCUUGGCCGCACAUCCCGAAGAUGAGGUGUUCGCCACUGCCGGCCAUGAUAAACACAUCGCACUGUGGCGCAAAAACAAAUUAAUUUGGACUAUACAAACCGGUUACGAGUGUGUUUCACUAGCUUUUCAUCCAUUUGGCACUGCACUGGCUGCUGGCAGCACUGAGGGUCAUCUGCUUGUCAUCAAUUGUGAAAAUGGUUCCGUUAUGCUGACGUUGCGUGUCUGCGGCUCACCGCUGAACUGUGUAGCGUUCAAUCAAGUUGGCGACAUGAUCGCAAUGGGCUCGCAGAAUGGCAGCAUAUAUUUGUUCCGCGUAUCGCGCGACGGUUUCUCUUACAAGAAGGUGAAUAAAAUACGCGGCUCACAGCCGCUCACACAUCUGGACUGGAGCAUGGAUGGCAAUUUCGUGCAAACGGUCACCAUUGACUUCGAUCUACUCUUCUGGGAUGCCAAGUCACUCUCGCCGGAGCGCAGUCCCAUUGCUAUGAAAGAUGUCAAAUGGUUGACUAGCAAUUGCACUGUUGGCUUUUUGGUGGCUGGCAUGUGGAGUAACCGUUACUACAGCAACAACAACACAAUUAUUGCCACCUGCAGUCGUUCGGCGGCGCAAGACAUGCUGGUGUCCGGUGAUGCCGAUGGCUAUCUGCGCAUUUUCAGAUAUCCCUGUAUUAGUCCACGCGCCGAAUUUCACGAAGCGAAAGUCUAUUCCGGUAUGCUGGCAUGUUCACGUUUUCUCUACGGCGAUCAGACUGUUGUUACAGUGGGCGGCACAGACGCCUCACUCAUGGUUUGGGAUCUCGUAGAGGAAUAACUGCAAUGGCCACCGUGGCGUACGACUGUCCAGCACUAUGAUGAAGCACGCGGCUACACUGACUAUUGGACGCGGCGGCGUUCGUCUAAUAAAUCUUCGACAAUAUUGGACAGCGACUCAAUUGAAUAUCAAUAAAUUUUCCUGCAAAACAACGGUGCAUACAAAUGUGGAGCAUAAAGAAGAAAUUGUGGAAAAUUGCUUAGCAGUGCCCAUCGUUGUUUUUGUUGUCAUAUUCAGUAGUUCGCCCUUCCUGCUGUUGGUGUUGAACGUAGUGUCACUGCUGUGUUUGGACGCAGCUUCUACCGCCUUAAGCGAAAAUUUGCAUAACACAACGAAAUUGCGCGUUUACACUUUUGUUAAAAAUAUUAUUGAGAAUUAGUGAAAAAACAACCAAAUUUAGAUAUUAUCAAAAAUUUAAAAUUAUAGCACUUAAAAUUACCAAUUAGGAUAAAUUGUCAACGAAAUAUGGAAAGCAAAUGAAAUUCUGCCAUUUUCCCGCUUCCGUUAUGUUUCAGCGCCAUCUGUUUGUCAACUUCUAUGUGAGCUGAUUUGGUUGCCAAAUGUGGCAAAUAUGCAGAUAAAUUUUUAAGCGAGAUUUAUUAUUUUUGCGCAAGACUUAUAAUUUGAAAAAAAAAAAUAUUUUGAAAGAGAUUUUAUUUUGAAAAAAAAAAAAAUAUUUUGAAAGAGAUUUUAUUUUGAAAAAAAAUUAUUUUGAAAAAA